CUAGUCAUUUGCUGUCUUGACCUUUUUAAAAGAAGCAGACAUUAGAGGUUCAGCUGAUAAAAAUCUGAGAGUUUGAUAGGAUGGAGGUGUAGUUUUAUAGACCAAUCAUGGAUUAAAAGGAAAACUUGUGAUACUACUAGGUUUGAGGACACUGAUACAUUUUUGUUUAGAAAAUUAAGUAGGUCAAAAUACUAGUUACUUUUGUGAGAAUUUAUCAUUAGCUGGUUAAUGUGUGUUAGGCUGUUUCACUUCUAUUUCUAACAUUAUCAAAUUUCAGUACGUUACAACUUGUUUAUCGAAUACUCAUUCGGAAUAGAACAAGAAACGUAGGACUGAGAUUUUUGAGACUUUCAAGAUUUUGUGUUUACUGUAGGCAGCAAAGGAGUCAUGGAUCGUAAUAAAAGUCAUUUUAGGAAUCCAUUUGAGCGACCAACCAUGGUGUCAUCAGGUGCUGCACUUUCAGCAACCUCUAUUCUUCCUUCUCAAAAAACUCUGAAAGGAAUCUUUGCAGGUGGAAUUACUGGAGGCAUAGAAAUUUGUAUCACUUUUCCAACUGAAUAUGUAAAAACACAGCUUCAGCUUGAUGAGAAGUCAGCUAAACCUCGUUACACAGGUAUAUUGGAUGUAAUUCGCAAAACUGUUAAGUACCAUGGCAUCUUAGGACUCUACCGAGGUCUUAGUGUUCUCAUCUAUGGUUCUGUACCUAAAUCUGCUGUUAGGUUUGGAACUUUCGAGGCUCUAAAGAAGAGAAAUCUUGAUGCGAAAGGAAAUCUUCCUGUUCACAAGCGUCUUCUGUGUGGUCUUGGUGCUGGUGUGUGUGAAGCCAUUUUUGCUGUUACUCCGAUGGAAACAGUCAAAGUCAAAUUCAUUCAUGACCAGUCUAGGGCAAAUCCACACUAUAGAGGAUUUUUUCAUGGUGUUCGAAUGAUUGUUAAAGAACAUGGCAUCCGUGGUGUUUAUCAGGGACUUACUGCAACCAUAAUGAAACAAGGAAGUAAUCAAGCCAUUCGAUUUUUUGUAAUCGAGUCUCUUAAAGAUUGGUGGAGAGGAGGGGAUCCAAACAAAAAUGUCAAUAAGCUGUUAGUUGGUGCUUUUGGCGCAGUAGCUGGAGCUGCUUCUGUUUUUGGCAAUACUCCAAUUGAUGUGGUGAAAAGUAGGAUGCAGGGUCUUGAAGCACACAAGUACAAGAAUACCUUUGACUGCAUUUAUAAAAUUGCCAAAUAUGAAGGUGCUGGAGCGUUCUACAAAGGAACAAUCCCUAGGUUGAGUAGAGUCUGUCUUGAUGUUGCCAUCACCUUUAUGAUCUAUGACUCUUUUAUGGACCUUUUCAAUUCUAUUUGGAAAACAGACUAAUCAGAGUUAGUUUCAACAUGGGUAAAAUGAAAUUUAAAAAACUCAAAUAUUUUCUCAUGUGGGGAAUGUUGAUACAGUUAUAAACAUAAAUGAUUAUAAUUGGGGGAGUACAUGGAAUGGUUGCAAUAGCACUGUUGGUGGUUAUCAUGUAAUCAAUAAACAUUAGAUAUAUGUUUCAUAUAAUUAAUGCAGUAUCUUUAAAAAAUUGAUACUUUAACUUAAUGUGAGUGUUUUGGAUAGAAUAUAACACGUAGAAAUAAGUACCUUUGUAUGACCAGUGGACGUAUUUGUGAAAUUUGUUGUUCAUAGUAGCACAGCAUACUCAGGACUGAGUAAAAUUUAAAACAAAAAGUAUUUUAGAUAUAUUGUUUAAGUAUUUGAACUCAAUGCUAGAAUAAAGAAACUUAGCAAUACUAGAAUAAAAAAAUGGUGAAGGAAA